ACAUAUAUAUAUAUGGAAUCUCGUUUAGGCUAAAGCAGUGGAAUGACUGGAGACAGUCUUGAACUGCAUGCCCCUCCUUCUGUCCUUCAGUGGGCAUGCCACCCAGCUGUAUGGAACUGUGCUCAGCUGUGACAGAAGCUGUGUGUCCCAUCCUCUGCCCCCACAGAUGGCCUAUCAGAGACCCUGCAGGCUCUGGCUGGCUUAGCCACUGUAGUAGCAUAGACGGGGGUUAGGAAAUGUGUCCACACACAGCUUUACUGCAUCUCAGCUAUCAACCACAUGCCGUCCUCUUCUCUGAUUCCUCCAGUUCUUCUUCCACUUCCAGAGGCAACACAACGAAGUGACUGGAGCCCAGAAGAGUCCGCAUGCCUCAAGUCACACAGUUGAACUCUGAGGUCUGUCCUCCCAAGGGGAAAUGCCUGCGUGUGUUCCUUUCUUCUCCUCCUCAGACUGGAAGAGGGAGCAGCUGGACUCAAUAUACCAGGUGCCAGCACACAGCUGUUGCCGCACUGUACCCCUCCACACCCAAGUGAGCUGAGCUGGGUGGAGGCUGAGGGGGUGGGGCUACCUCGUGCUCUCCAGUGAUGCCAUAUCCACAGCCACAGCAGGCAAAUGCGUCCUGAAAUCCACUCCGAGCAGCAGUUCUGACUGGUGAGAGCCGCCACUGACUGGUUAGAGGUGGUAGAUGGGAGGGCAAAGGAGUGCAGGCCUCGGGUCAGAGUAUGCGGAGGGGGAGAGUGAUUAAAGGAAGUGGGGAGGCCAGAACAGCAGUCUGUAGCCUCAGCUCCCCCCACUCCUGGGCUCAGUUCCCAUCUGGACUAACAGUGAGUGAACCCCCUGAGCCAGCUGUCUUGUAGGGGAAAGGCUGCACCAUAGCAAACCUAACCCACGAGUCGGGGGCUAGGGAACCAGAGGUGUAAGCGGAAGGGAGGACUCCCGUCCACCCGUGGGCUUUGCUAGGUGAGGUGGGUGGAGUCUGGAGCCUGGGUUCCCUCCGCAGGUCCAGGCUCUGCCAUGCCCGCUCCGCUUCUCCCGAUGCUGCUCCGAUCGCUGCUGUCCCGCCUGCUGCUGCCCAUUGCCCGCCUGGCCCGCCAGCACCUCCUGCCCCUGCUGCGCCGACUGGCCCGUCGACUGAGCUCCCAAGACAUGAGAGAGGCUUUGCUGGGCUGUCUGCUGUUUGUCCUCAGCCAGCAACAGCCACCGGAUGCUAGAGAGACCUCCAGAGUGGACCACUCCCAGAGGAAGGAGAGAUUGGGCCCCCAGAAGUGAGGCCGUGGGUCGUGGAAGCAGCAAUGUCCAUCAAAGUACUUUCUUGUGGAGUGGGCUAGUCCAGGCAUCUGCACUGACCGCAGAAUGCUAGGAUCGAGCAGACCACAGAUACGGUGUUCUUCCCUCCUCUCUGCAGCUCCCACCAAUGACCUCUGGCCUCCAGGGU